UUUGUAAGAAAGUUUGAAUUGUGGCGUUUUCUACUUCCUCGGAGCUGUUUAAAAUACGCGUAAAUAUUACGAUUGGGUAAUCGAUUUUAAUUUUUGGGAAUAUCAAGAAAUCAACUUUUAAGAAAUGGAGUCAUUGACCCCAGAUUUAGAAGACUUUGAAAACUCCGGAGGAGCCUCGUCUCUGAGUUCUUCUUUGAUCUCUUCAACUGGUUUUUGUACUAUUAUUAUUCAUAGAGCUUUUGUUUUUUCUUCACUUUCAACCUCUGAAUCAAGGUUUGUGGAAAAAAAGACAAGUACCCAGAUCAAUUUUUCAGCCGAGUUCAUAGCGGUUAAGAAUCUCCGUUGUGAGAAUCUGAGGAAAAAAAAAUUCUGCUAAUUAACCGCAUUCGAAUACUCGGGUGGGAUUUUUUUGAUUUCUUUUCUUGGGAAAUCCAAUUUGUUUGCGAUUGAUUGAAGACACAAGUCAAUAUGGCUGGAGUGGGAGAUCAAUUGGAGAUCAAGUUUCGACUGAACGAUGGAUCUGAUAUUGGCCCCAAAACUUUCCCUGCUGCCACAAGCAUAGCAACCUUGAAAGAAAGCAUUCUUGCACAAUGGCCAAGAGAAAAGGAGAAUGGUCCAAGAACAGUUAAGGAUGUGAAGUUAAUAAGUGCAGGAAAAAUCUUAGAGAAUAAUAGAACACUUAAUGAUUGCAGAAGCCCAUUAUAUGACAUUCCUGGCAGUGUGACAACCAUGCAUGUCGUUAUCCAACCACCAACUUUGGAGAAAGUAGAAUCAGUCCUAAACAUGUCCGUGAAAAACUGUUGUGGCUGUUACUACAUGUUGAAGGCAAGGCUAUUGAAACAUUGAGGUUCAAAUGGGAUUACUGAUGGAAAGUUUAUCUUCUUUGGCUGAGCAGAAAAGAAAGCUGGAGAACAAGCAACACAAAACAAGUGUGUUUGUGUUAUACUAUAAACGGAACUUGUGGAAGUUCUCGACGCCAUUUUUGAGUGCAUAAAGAUAGCAAAUUUUUCCUUUUAAAAGUUCUGAUGCCAAUAACAGCUUGGAAUCAGUUGAAGAAGCUUUUUCUGGAGCUUGUGUUAUUGUUUUCACAGUAGUAAAAGUAAAAGAAAAAAAAAAAAGAAAAAAGAAACAGACAGAGGUAGCAAAGAUCGCAAGGAUGAUGGGAUAUUUAUCGACACAAGCCAGUUGUUAGAUCAGAUCCAUGGCAGUUGAAUGAAUGUCUGGUGAUCUAUUAUGGAAGGUUGUUGCCUUUUCAACAUCCAUUGUUAGCUUCAUUUGUUGUUUAGAUUGAUUUUGUGUAACUCUUCUGCUAUCUCAAAUGUUUGUGGUGAAAGCUUUAUAUACUUGAAGUUGCAGUUAGUUGUUUACCUUUUUUCUUCUUCUUCAAACUGUAUCACCAUUUGGGCCCAGACCCCAACUUCAUGAUACUUUUCCCAAACAAGGAAUGAUAAUAUUUCUUUGAUUUUC